GUCUUGAUUCGGGAGCGAGGAAGGACGCACGCGUUUCAUCCUUUAGCGAACUACGAUCCGUUGAAACUUUUGCGAAUUUCGAAUUGUCAAUAACGUGUUUUAAAUUCAGUGUAUUAUUUUAAAAUUAACAAUUAACGUUAUUAAAAAAUCGUUAUAUUACUGGCAUGCGUGUUUUUUAAUUAGGGUUUUUAUUAAUGGUUAUAAAAGUGUUUAGUCAAAAUAGGUGGACAAGAGGUAAUAGGCAAUGUCAGGCGUGACCAGCCAUACUGUAACGGACCGACUCUGAAUUGGACGUUAUGCGUGUACCAUAUACAGCGGAUUUUAACUAUCCUGAUGCCUUUUUAUGAUGAUAUCCGGCUGGAUGGCAACAUGAGUCUGACGUUUAAUACGUCAGCAAAAUGGCUUAUCGACAUGGCGAAUCGGACCGUCAUCAACCCGAACACCCUCAUAGAAAAAUUCUCCCAGAACCGAACGGUUGACGAACCUACUAGAACUCUUCUUCUGACCUUUUAUGGAAUCCUGGUAGUUAUUGGGGCCGCUGGAAACUCACUGGUCGUCAUUUCUGUAGUCCGCAAGCCCCAAAUGCGAACAGCCCGCAAUAUGUUUAUUGUCAACCUCGCGGUGUCGGACGCCCUCGUCUGCUGCUUCGGCACCCCUCUGACCCUCAUGGAGCUGCUGACGAAACACUGGCCGUUGCCAGACUGGUCGUGUCUCUGUAAGGCCACUGGCGCUAUUCAGGCCAUUUCGAUCUUCGUCUCCACUAUCACUAUUACGGCUAUCGCACUGGAUCGAUACCAGCUGAUCGUGUACCCUACAAGACAAGGCCUCCAGACCAUGGGCGUCCUCAUCAUCAUGUUCUGCAUUUGGGUCAUCGCCUUCUUCCUCGCAUCACCCCUCUACAUGUUCAGAAACCUCAAGACCCACAACAUAGGCCUCAUUGGCAUGGACUCCUUAAGCUUCUGCAUCGAAGACUGGCCCAUCGCCAACGGACGGGCCAUGUACUCGCUUUUUAGUCUCAUAUUCCAAUAUCUUCUCCCAGUUCUAGUCGUAGUUAUAGCUCAUAUUCAAAUUCAUAGAAGACUUAGAGGACGAAGACGAUCGACAAGAAAAACUCCAACUAUCCUGAUAGCUAUUGCUGUUACCUACGUCAUAAGCUGGCUGCCGUUGAAUGUUUUCAACUUGGUAGCGGAUUUCUCGAAAGAACCUAUAUUGGGAGAGGAUCAAAUGAUAAUAACGUACGCUAUCUGUCAUAUUAUUGGAAUGUCGAGUGCCGUGUCUAAUCCACUGCUAUACGGAUGGCUGAAUGAUAAUUUUAGAAAGGAGUUUGAGGAAAUUCUUUGCUGCUGUCGGAAGAAAGGUCAGAAGAAGGAUCAAAGAGGAAAGAGGAAGAUAGAUACAGAGUUGACGGCGUUAGCUCAGCUUGAGCAGACGGUCACGACCAACACGAAGACGUCUCACUGCUCUCAAAUUUUCUGACUAAAAAGUUGCUGCAAAUAGCAUGAGCAUAGCAGCAUUGAAAUGCAAAGCAUUUAAAAUGCUUGUCAAUUUGAACUCUUCUAGCUAAGGUGUAUAAAGUUCCUUUCUAUGUUAUGUUGUGUUAAGUGAAAUUGUAAUCUAUGUGAAUAAUUGUAAUUUGUACAUAUGUAAAUGUUAUUGUUUGUACUUUACGUUUUUCUGAGCCCAAAACGUAGAUUACUUACAAUGUCGUGUUAAGGUUUUAUAAUGAAAUUAAAUAUUAUUAUGAGGA